AAGUUAGGAUCUUUUUCUCCAAAAAAAUUGAAGGGUUUUGGGCAGGCAACACGGAGAAGGCUGAGCUGCCAAUGCCAUUGUUGGUUUGGAAAUUGGUGAAUUUUUCGGUGAUUUUUGAGAAACCGAAAAAGUUUGAGUUUUUAGAGUUGAGAAGAAGCAGCAUCAAUGUCUUGGGCAGGCCCAGAAGAUGUCUACCUUUCCACUUCUCUGGCCAGCUAUCUUGACAGUGUGGUGGUCAUAUGCUUUCAUGCUGCAGAGAAACUUCUUGUGCUGCUCCGUGAUAGUCGAAAACUUUUGGGGAUACUUCGAUCGUUUGAUCAAUUUGCCAAUGCUGUUCUCGAGGGUGCUUGUGAGAGAGUCAUUGUUGGCGAUCUUUACUGUGAUAUCCCUUUGGGUCUGUAUGUUAUCCGUGGGGAGAAUGUUGUUCUAAUCGGCGAGCUGGAUUCAGAGAGGGAGGAACUUCCACCGCACAUGACUCGUGUUUCAGCUGCAGAAAUUAAAAGGGCACAGAAAGCAGAAAGGGAAGCUUCUGAUCUUAAAGGUACAAUGAGAAAAAGAAUGGAGUUCCUUGAUAUGGAUUAACGGAGUUUUACCAAGUUCGUGGACUUACUCGCUGCCCAUUCUGCAAAUAUUAUAGCAGUGCUUUUCAUUCUCUUCUUCCUCCGGUAGUUAGCUGAUGUUCGUGCAUGGUAGAUGUCAAAUCUCCAGAAAUUAGAAUUUCAAUGAACAGUAGUUCAAAUUUCUUUCUGUAAUAUUUGGCUGAAUUGAUGGAAGUAUCCCUUUGCUUUAAAAGUUUCACUAUUUUUUGUGGAUUCCAAAGUUCUAGGGAACCCUAAUAUAGCUUGUUCAUAGACCAUUGACAGCAAGAAUAUUUGUCUUUUGACACAUCGAA